AUGCCGUGCUUCCUGAGGGGAAUGGCCUUCGUCCCCUUCCUCCUGGUGACCUGGUCGUCCGCCGCCUUCAUCAUCUCCUACGUGGUCGCCGUGCUCUCCGGGCAUGUCAACCCCUUCUUCCCCUACAUCAGUGAUACAGGAACAACACCUCCGGAGAGUGGGAUAUUUGGAUUUAUGAUAAACUUCUCUGCAUUUCUUGGUGCAGCCACGAUGUACACAAGAUAUAAAAUAGUACAGAAGCAAAAUCAAACCUGCUGUUUCAGCACUCCUGUUUUUAACUUGGUGUCGUUAGUUCUUGGAUUGGUGGGAUGUAUUGGAAUGGGCAUUGUAGCCAAUUUUCAGGAGCUAGCUGUGCCAGUGGUCCACGACGGGGGUGCCCUGUUGGCUUUUGUCUGUGGUGUCGUGUACACGCUCUUGCAGUCUGUCAUCUCUUACAAAUCGUGUCCUCAGUGGAACAGCCUCAUGACGUGCCACAUACGGAUGGCCAUCUCUGCUGUUUCCUGCGCAGCUGUUGUCCCCAUGAUUGCCUGUGCUUCACUAAUUUCUAUAACCAAGCUGGAGUGGAAUCCGAAAGAAGAGGAUUAUGUAUACCAUGUAGUGAGUGCGAUCUGUGAAUGGACAGUGGCCUUUGGUUUUAUUUUCUACUUCUUAACAUUCAUCCAAGAUUUCCAGAGUGUCACCAUAAAGAUAUCCACAGAAAUCAAUGGUGACAUUUGA